AUGUCAACUCUGAAGGCCACCCAAGCAGAUGGCUAUUACAUUCCUCCAAAUGGAACAGGAAGCACUCUCAAGAGAAUGAAGAAGUCAUUUCCAUCCACAAUUCGUUUUGAAAUGCCUUUCCAUAUUUGGUGAGAUGGCUGCAAGAAGAAGAUAGCAAAAGGAGUCAGGUUUAAUGCCAAAAAGAAGCAUGUCGGUGAUUAUCUCAGUACUAAAAUCUAUGCCUUCUUCAUGACCUGUAACAUGUGUCAGCACAGAAUUGUCAUCAAAACUGACCCCAAAGGAUGAGAUUACAUAGUAGAAUCAGGAGGUCAAAAGAAAGCAGAGGACUUCACAGCCGAGCAGACUGAAGCUAUGCAACUUGAAAGACACGAAGAGAGGCUCAAAAACCAGGAUAAUGGAUUCCUCAAACUGGAAAGAGAGAAUAAGGAUAGGAAGAUCGGAAUUUCUGAAAAGCCCAGAAUAGAAGCUAUCAUCAAGCUAAAUGAUGAAAGAAAGAAAAAUGAUUAUGAGAUCAAUUAUUUGAUGAGGAAAAAGUUCAGAGCCGAGAAAAAGUUGAUCAAGAAGGAUGAAGGGGAAGUCAAGAACUUUGGUCUUAAUCUAAACAAAACCACCCUUACUCCAGAUGAUUUGCUUCGUAUGAAGCGUGUCAAAUUCAAAGCCCAACAAAAUAGUUGCAGAGUUAAUAAGUACAAGAUAAGGAAGAAGAUCUGUAGCGAGUCUAUCUUCUCAAGUAAAUACAAGAGAAGAAAGCUUAAUGAAUAAUUA